AUGCGACAUCUGAUACCAACGACUAAAGAGGUGGACUCGCAAAAGGUAGCGAUGUUGUAUAUCGAUAAUGUGUGGAAGCUACAUGGACUACCUGAUACUGUCGUGUCCGAUAGAGGAACACAAUUCGUUGCGGAAUUUUGGAAAUCACUUUGCAAACGCCUGGAAAUAUCCCCACGAUUCUCCACCGCCUUCCAUCCUCAGACUGAUGGACAAACUGAAAGCAUCAAUGCCGUAAUGGAACAGUAUCUUCGAAGUUAUGUCUCUUAUCAACAAGAUGACUGGACCCGAUUAUUGGCAAUGGCUGAGUUUGCAGCAAACAAUCAUGUGUCGGAAACAACCAGGAUUUCUCCUUUCUAUGCCAAUUCGGGAAGAAAUCCACGGAUGACUUUUGGCCCCUUGGAACAUGGCAAAACGACAGCGGAAGAUCAGGCCAAUAGCAUAGCAAAAGAAAUGAAGGAUAUGGUGGAAUUUCUGAAGAGCGAAAUGUUUCGUAUCAAACGAAUCGUCAACCCCUAUGCUUAUGAGCUCGAACUUCCCCGUUCCAUGAAGAUCCAUCCAGUAUUCCAUGUUUCAUUAUUGUCACCUGAAGCAGGCAAUCCAUUACCGGACAACAACUAUCACCACCACCCCAGUGAGAUCGAAGGGGAGGAAGAAUGGGAAGUCGAGGACAUUUUGGAUUCCAGGAAACGCAAUGGAAGGUUUGAGUAUCUGGUACGGUAUGUAGGAUAUGACGACGCCUCUGGUACCGUUAUCGGACCUUAA